AUCGGCCUCUCCCCAACAAACUCGCCAUGGCUGAAACGACUGCCUACGCCCCUCUCCCUACCACAAGCGCAGCCUCCGUAUCCGCAGCCAAUACAGCCAUCCGGCUGCGGGUUUUGGGCCUCAUCUUGCUCGCAUUCUCCGCCAUCCUUAUUAUUGGGAUUGCGGCAAUUCGCAUUAACGGCGGCGACGAUGUUUCGCCGGAGAUCGGUCAGGUGCCAAAUGGACCAGAGCUGGAAGGUGAAGCUUAUACGAUCGUAUUGGGGCCGGCCUCCCGUGGGCCUGUUCUUGGCGUCUCUGAAAAGAACUCCGGCGCCGCAGCUGCCCUUCGCGGCGUCGGCCGCGGUAGCUACCCUUGGACCAAUGACAUGCUUCAAUGGCAGCGGACGGGAUUCCAUUUCCAGCCUCUCAGGAACUGGAUGAAUGAUCCGAACGGGCCAGUGUUCUAUAAGGGAUGGUAUCAUCUUUUUUACCAGUAUAACGGUGGUGGCGCAGUUUGGGGUAAUAUUACUUGGGGUCAUGCUGUUUCUCGUGACCUAACCCAUUGGCUCCACCUCCCAGUCGCUAUGGUGCCUGACCAUUGGUAUGAUAUCAAUGGUGUUUGGACUGGCUCUGCCACUGUGCUACCUAAUGGAAACCUCAUCAUGCUCUACACUGGUUCCACCAACACCACUACCCAAGUCCAAUGCCUUGUUGUCCCUACUAACCCUGCAGACCCCCUACUCAUUCAUUGGCAUAAACAUGAAGCCAAUCCUGUCUUAAUCCCCCCUCCCUCUAUUCUACCCCAUGACUUUCGUGAUCCAACCACUGCAUGGACUGACCCUUCUGACCCAUCCACCUUCCUUGUUGCCAUAGGCUCCAAGGAUGACUCAUCCAACCGCCAUGCUGGUGUAGCAUAUGUAUAUGCCACACGAGAUUUCCUCUCUUACAAACUUCUCCCUGAUGUGCUCCACAGAGUUGAGGGGACGGGCAUGUGGGAGUGCAUUGAUUUUUUUCCUGUAAGCGUUGAUGGGCAAGCUGGGCUUGACACAUCGGAGAAGGCUGGAGAGAGAAUUAAACACAUUUUGAAAGCUAGUCUAGAUGAUGAUCGACAUGAUUAUUAUGCUAUUGGGAGGUAUGAUGCUAAUGAGAACAAGUGGGUGCCUGAUGAUGCUGAGAAGGAUGUUGGAAUUGGACUUAGGUAUGAUUGGGGCAAGUUUUAUGCAGCUAAGACAUUUUAUGAUCAUCACAAGAGAAGACGGGUCUUAUGGGGAUGGGUUGGCGAGACAGAUAGUGAACAAACUGAUGUCUCAAAGGGUUGGGCCUCUAUCAUGAGCAUCCCUCGAACGAUACUGUUCGAUUCUAAAACGGGUAGCAAUCUCCUCUUCUGGCCUGUAGAGGAAGUUAACUUCCUCCGCGCUAAAAGCUACGAAUUCUCUUCCAUUGACGUCUUGCCGGGCUCCGUCGUGCCGCUCAACAUGCCGGCGAAUGCGGCCCAAAUUGACAUUGAGGCGGAGUUUGAGGUGGAGAAGAUGGCGGUAACGAUGGCAGUGGAGGCCGACGUUGGCUACAAUUGUAGCACUAGUAAUGGGGCAAGUGGGCGCGGUCUUCUCGGACCAUUCGGCCUACUCGUCCUCGCUGAUAAGGAUCUCGGCGAGCAGACUGCCACAUACUUUUAUCUCUCUGUUUCUGUUGACGGCACCACUCAAACGCAUUUUUGCCAAGAUGAAACCAGGUCAUCUCGUGCGAGUGACAUAGUGAAGAGAGUAGUGGGCUAUACAGUACCAGUUCUUCACGGCGAGAUGCUGACCGUGAGAAUACUGGUUGAUCACUCAAUAGUGGAAAGCUUUGCACAAGGUGGAAGGUCUGCGAUUACUUCUCGCGUCUACCCAACGAAGGCAUUCCACUCAGCUAAAGUAUUCCUAUUCAAUAAUGCCACCGCUGCCUCUGUAACGGCAAAGUCGAUAAAGAUUUGGGAGAUGGAAUCAACUUUCAAGCAAAAUUAUGAGGAACACGCAUACCAAUUCUCAUAAUCCUAAUUUGUAUAAUGGCUAUGAAUAUGUACGUAACCCUCUAUUAGGCUAGGUCUUGUAAUUGUACUUUUCUCUUGGAUUAAAUUAGUUCUCUCAAGUCAUAGCACUCUUGUACGCCUCGAAGAAGAAUCAUAAGAUUUUUUUUUUCUUUAUUAUUUUU